AUGCCGGAUCCAUGGCGCCAACUACGCUCCCUCGUCUUCCUCAGCGAUGAAGAAAUGGGCAAGAAGGACGACGACCACCACCGCUCCGGCGGUAGCGCCAUCAAGAACCCCAUCCUCCUUCGCAAUCGCAAUUCCCAAUGGCAGCCUGCCGCCAAGAUGCCCUCCCGCCGCCUCUUUCGACGAAUCGCCUACCUCCUCGUCAUUGCCUGUGGCCUCUGGUAUCUGCUGAGCGACCUCUCCUUGGGCUUUGGCCCCCGAUCCCCCAACUACAUCUACCCGUACCCCGAUGAUCCUCGAGAGUCUCGCGAUCCGACGCUCCGAAAUCCCGGCCGUCCGCCCAAGAACCAGCCCGCGACCCAAGGCCCCCAACACCACGACUACAAUGGCCCCAUCAAGUUUCACCGUCUCGCUGGCUCGCUACACGGCAUCGCCGCCACCAAGGGGAGCCAGCCCGUCAAUCAGAACGUUCUCUUUGCCGCCUCCGACCUAAAGAGCCUCUCGACGCUGCUGCCAUUCGCCUGCAAGAUGGGCACCGAGCUGAGGAGCUACGUACACUUCGCCGUCAUGAGUAGGAGCGACAUGGACCUCGAAGACCUCAAAAAGAUCAAUGGCGUCGACGACACCUGCUACAUCAUCUGGCACGACGCCCGACCCGACUUCUCCGCCCUCUCGACCGAUGCCCGGCUCGAGCAGGCCGCGACCCGCGCGCUGCGCCACAUCCAUACCUACAUGCACCCGCAGGCCAUUAUCGUCGACGGCUCCGACGACGAGGCCCUCCCCUUCAUGAAAGGCAUGCGGGACGAGACCCGACGACUCAACACCCCGCUCAUCGAGCUCCCCGCGAAUGCCUGGGCACACCUCUCGUGGUUGGCAAAGCUGGACAGUGCUUCGCUGUCGGUUUGGAACCAGGUCAGCGUCGACAUCCUGAUCCAGGCUCCGCCCAGCGGCUCUGGCAGUCUGCUGCGCCUCCUCAAGUCUCUUGGCGACGCCGAAUUCACCGCCUUCACGAUCCCCCACCUCACAAUCGAGCUUCCACAGGACAUCGAGCCGGCGACCGCCGAGUUUCUCGAGACGUUUCACUGGCCGCCGCCACAUGUACACAAUCCUGGUCGCGUGCAGAUGCUCUCGCUGAGGCACAGGAUCCCUCGGCAGCGCAUGACAGAGGAGGAGAGCACCAUUCGCUUCCUGGAAUCGUUCUGGCCAACAACGCCCAGGCAUUCUCACAUUCUUGUCCUGUCGCCUCAAGCUGAGCUCGCGCCGAGUUUCUUCCAUUAUCUCAAGUUCGCCAUGCUCGAGUACCGCUACUCCCGCUUGUCGACCCUCCAGAAGUGGGACCAGCGCAUCCUAGGCAUCAGCAUGGCGUCGCCUUCUACCUACCUCGACGGCAAAGCGGACUUUGUAGAGCCGACGGCGGAGAACGCAGAGCACGGCGAAGGGACAUCAUACCUAUGGCAGGCCCCCAACAGCAACGCCAUGCUCAUCUUUGGUGACAGGUGGAUCGAGUUGCACGGUCUCGUGUCGGAAGUAGACGCGCUACAGCAUGCGCGCGGGGACGAGCCGCCGCUGGAGAUGUUGGCGGAGAAGGAAGUGAGCAAAAGAUUUCCUUCCUGGCUCGAGCAUGUCUUGCGCCUCUCCCGGCUGAGGGGCUAUUUCACGUUGUACCCCAGCGCCGAGACGGCAGCCACCCUCGCGGUGGUGCAUCGGGAGCUUUACCAGGCGCCCGAGGAGUACGGAGAGGAAGACGGCGAGUGGAAGAAGACGGCGAGCCUGUCCGAGUCGGCGGGCGGCUUCGGCACGCUGGUGCGGACUCUGGACACGCUCCCGAACAACGGCAGCCUCACGGCCGCCGAAGAUCUCCCGCUUCUCGGCUGGGAGGGUGAUGGCACGGACUUACGGCACGUGUACCAGAUGGCGGUGGAGUACAUGUUCAAGUGGCGCGAGCGGGUCGGCGGCUGUGGUAAGGCGGAAACGCACAGUGACCACAUUGACGGGACCGCGAAGGACUUGUUUUGCAAGGCCGACGGCAAACUCAAGGGGUAA